GCGAAUUCAGUUCAAUCCCGGCAAUCGAGAAGAGAGCACCUAGUAGUAAUAGUAGCCCAAAAGUUCCCAAGCUAGCCAUCAUUAUGUCCAAGGGAUCGGUAUUGCCGCAAUAUAUUGCCGGCUUGUCGGCCAGCUUUGGAGCCCUCUGCAUGGGAGCCUCCAUCGGUUGGUCCUCGCCGGUGGAGAAUAUGAUUUCGGUGGAAUCGGACUAUGGAUUUCCGAUCACCUCCAGUGAAUUCGGCUGGGUAUCCUCGCUUUUGACCCUGGGCGCCACGGUGAUCUGCAUUCCAAUUGGCUUCGCCAUUGAUUGGAUCGGCCGCAGACCCACUAUGUUGGCUCUGAUUCCACCCUAUAUGGUUGGCUGGGUGCUGAUGUUGUUCGCCAAUAACGUGACCAUGCUGUACUUCGGCCGAUUCAUCCUGGGCAUGUGUGGAGGAGCCUUUUGUGUGACUGCGCCCAUGUAUUGUACGGAAAUCUGUACGACGGCUUUGAGAGGAACGAUAGGCGCCUUCUUCCAGCUGCUGAUUGUGUCGGGCGUGUUGUACGGGUACUUGGUAGGAGCCUUCCUGCCCCUGCUCACCAUCAACAUCCUGUGCGCCAUCCUGCCCCUGGUCUUCGCCACCAUCCACUUCUUCAUGCCCGAAUCCCCCGUCUACCUGGCCAUGAAGGGGCGCAACGAAGAUGCCGCUAAGGCUCUGCAGUGGCUCCGUGGCAAGGAUGCAGAAAUCGAUGACGAGCUUAAGGAGAUCCUGGAGGAGUCCCAGAAGCAGAGUGAUCAGCCCAAGGUCAACAUUUUAGUCGCCCUUCGCCGCCCCAUCGUCUUGAAGGGUCUUCUGAUCGCAGUGCUCCUGCAGGUGUUCCAACAGUGGACGGGAAUCAACGCCAUCCUCUUCUACUCCACCUCCAUUUUCGAGGACACGGGCUCCGGUCUGAGUGGCAGCGAUGCCACACUCAUCAUUGGCGUCACCCAGGUGACCAGCACUCUAGUGGGCGUGGCUAUCAUCGAUAAGGCUGGUCGCCGGGUCCUACUCCUGAUCUCCGGCAUCCUGAUGGCCGUGACCACUGCCCUGAUGGGCGUCUACUUCCAGCUGAGCGAGAGCGAUCCGGGUUCGAUGGACAACUAUGGUUGGCUGCCGAUCAGCAGCAUCUGCGUCUUCAUCGUCUUCUUCUCGAUCGGAUUCGGACCGGUGCCCUGGCUGGUGAUGGCGGAACUCUUCGCGGAGGACGUGAAGAGUGUGGCGGGAUCUAUUGCCGGCACCAGCAACUGGCUGUCGGCCUUCAUGGUCACGCUGCUCUUCCCGAUCCUCAAGACCUCCAUUGGGCCGGGACCCACGUUCUGGAUCUUCACCGUGAUCGCGGUCCUUGCCUUCCUCUACUCGCUCUUCUUCGUGCCGGAGACCAAGGGCAAGACGAUAAUCGAGAUCCAGCACAUGUUGGCCGGCGGAAAGGUGGACAAGAGCCAGGACAAGAGCGAGACGUGAGGAAGUAUUAGUGAGAAAGUCUUAGCCAUAGUGAUACCCUUUUCAUGUUCUCUUUAAGCAAAAUAAGGAAAAGUUGUGUGUAAGAUGUGACUAUUAUAACCAAUAAAGUGAAGAUUGUUUUCAAAUAAUUA